CCACCUUCCUCCACGCGUGCUCGUCGCUCGCCCUCGGGCAGCGGCGCGCGAGCGCCCCGCGCGCUUCCACCUCGCGGCAUCGCGUCCGCGCGCGCGCGGCCCCGCCGGCGGGGGGCCCCGACGACGCCUCCGAGGGCGAGUGGAAUCCCGCCCGCGGCCCUCCCGGGGCGGAGCGAGACCGGUACCGCGCGCCCACGGAGUACGACUACGACUACGCCCCGCCGUCGCAGCGCGGCGGCGGCGGGCCGUGGGAGUCCGCGCGCGGCGCGCCCCCCGGCGGCGGGCGCGGCCUCGGCCAGGGCGGCGACGGCGGAGGCGGCGGCGGCAACAACGCCGUCACCAACUUCCUCAUCGCGGGCGCGUUCGUCGUGGGCAUGGGCGCGGGCGUCGCGUUCGACACGUCCGUGAACCUCGAGCCCUCGAACGUCGCGUCGCGCGACAUCUUAGACCGCCAGACCCCGUCCAGCGAGGUGUGCAUGGCGAACGGCGCGUCCGCGAUGGUGUUCGACCAACGCGUGUUCUUGUCGCUCAACCCGUUCAACAUGUACGUCGCGCAGCCGGAGGUGAAGCCCGGGUGCGUGUUGCGGCGGAGCAACUGGAACGUGCUGGAGAGGAACCAGCUCGUGGACGAGACGAUGGAGAAGGACUGCAAGCGCGGGAUGAACACGUUCGCGUUCGUGGGGGACUUGGACAAGUCGCCGGAGGUGUCGUGCGUGUAUCACUCGGAGGAGGCGGAGAAUCAAUUCAUGAAGGAUCCGAGAAAGGCUGUCUUGGGCGACGGCGAACAGCCGCGGCCGAACCUCGCGAACAAGUCGUUCCGAUGAUACGAUGCGGUUUCGGUUUAACCUGGUCGUUCGUGGAACCUAUCUAUGAACUAUCUAGUAGCGCGGUCGCUCUCCGAGAGCGACCGGUGUAAUAAAAAAAGAUCAGCGAGCGCC